CACAUACUGAGCAGGGCACGUUUGAAGAGAGUACCUGGCUUGGAUAGAGUGACUUCCAUUCACUAAAACAAUGUGCCUGACCUGAAGAAGCUGAGGCUUACUUUCACAGAUGUGGGAAAAUGGUAAUCUGUGAAAUAGCCCAUUUUUGGUCAGGAGGAACUGCACCAAGUAGAGCUGAAGGAAAUUUGAUUGACAUGGAAGCACAAAAACUCUCAAAAAAUUGCAAUAUUACAGAAUGGCAAGACCCAGACUUGCUUUGCAAUUGGUCGGAUGCUGUCACUCUUCAUGAUGACAAGGCUUUGAAAGUUACAAAUCCAUUCUGGAAGGAACUGUCUGCUUCUAACCCAUUUUUGGAUGACAUAACUCAGCUAAGAAAUAACCAGAAGAGAGAGAACAUUUCCAUCUUGAAGGAAGAUCCUUUUCUUUUUUUAAGAGAAAUUGAAACUGGAAAUUCUUUUGAUUCCUCCGGUGAUGAACUUGAUGUGCACCAGUUGCUCAGCAAGUCUUCCUCAAGGAAAUCAGGAAGAUCUAAAAGCGUUUCAGAACUUCUGGGCAUUUUAGAUGAUACUGCACAUACUCAUCAGAGUAUGCAAGACUGUGACCAGAUCCUAGCACAAGAUUUAGAAUGGCUUCAGAAUGAUCGAGAGGCUUAUAAAAUGGCUUGGUUAAGUCAACGUCAACUGGCUCGCUCCUGCCUGGAUUUGAAUAUAAUGAAUCAGAGUCCUGGAUGGGCACAAACGCAAGUUGCAGAGACCAUCACAGUCUGUAAACUUAACCACCAAGGAGGGUCGGUACAGUUACCUGAAUCAGACAUCACUGUCCAUGUGCCCCAAGGUCAUGUAGCUGUGGGAGAAUUCCAAGAGGUAUCUCUAAGGGCUUUUCUGGAUCCUCCACAAAUGCUUAAUCAUGAUCUUUCAUGCACUGUAAGCCCUCUGUUGGAAAUCAUGUUAAGCAACCUUAAUACAAUGGAAGCUAUUUUGUUAGAAAUGAAAAUUGGGGCUGAAGUAAGAAAGGAUCCUUUCAGCCAAGUGAUGACAGAAAUGGUGUGUUUACACAGCCUGGUCAAAGAAGGUCCCUUCAAAGUAUUAAACAACUGCUAUGUUUAUAAAGACACCAUCCAAGUCAAGCUCAUGGACUUGAGUCAGGUGAUGUAUCUAGUGAUUGCUGCACAACCUAAAGCUAUUCAGUCACCACCUGCCACCAUUUGGGAUUACAUUCACAAAACCACCUCAAUUGGAAUUUAUGGCCCCAAAUACAUCCAUCCCAGUUUCACUGCUAUUUUCACAGUUUGUGGACACGGCUAUAUGCCAGGAAAGCUUACAAUCCCUGAUAUUAAGAAGGGUGGAAAAAACGCAUCUCCUGUUGUGUUUCAACUCUGGGGGAGGCAUUCAUUUUUGCUUGACAAGCCCCAGGAUUUAAAUAUUUCUGUGUUUUCAUGUGAUCCUGAUUUUGAAGUAAAGGUACAAGGGAAUGGGAAGCAAAUUAAACAAAAGCAGUUGGAAGCAGGUGAGGUAGUUCAUCAACAAGUUUUCUUUUCUGUAGUGGACUGCAGAGAGAUGCACUUGUUUGUUUUCCGUGUUCAGGUGGAGCCUCCUAAUGGUAGACCAGUUGCACAGUUCUUUAUCACUUCACCUGAUCCGGCUCCCAACCUAAAAAGGCUCUCGAAUCUGCCAGGUUAUCUGCAGAAGGAGAAAGAGAGCAAGUCCACUCCUUUAUUAUCAGCAGUGCUUGUUAAAUAUCCCACAUUCCAAGAUAAAAAAUUGAACUUUACCAACUACGGGGUAACCCUGAAGACAGUGCUCAGACAAAGCAAGAUUGACUACUUUUUGGAAUAUUUCAAAGGGGACACAAUAGCUCUUCUUGGAGAAGGUAAGGUAAAAGCCAUGGGGCAGUCUAAAGUGAAGGAAUGGUACGUGGGGGUCCUCAGAGGUAAGAUUGGACUUGUGCACUGCAAAAAUGUCAAGGUGAUUUCCAAAGAACAAGUCAUGCCUGUGUCUGAUAGUAUCUUUACAACCAGGAAUCUACUUGAACAAAUUGCCCUGCCCUUUAAAAAACUGACUUAUAUAUACUCAGUUGUAUUGACCUUGGUGUUAGAAAAAGUUUAUGACUGGAAAGUUUUAGCUGACGUCCUGGGGUACUCUCAUCUGGCAUUGGAAGAUUUUGAUCAAAUGCAAGUAGACAAAGAAUCAGAAAAGGUUUCUUAUGUUGUAAAGAAGUUAAAGGAAGAUUGCCAUGGAGACAGAAAUACAAGGAAGUUUCUUUAUGAACUUAUUGUGGCUUUGUUGAAGAUGGACUGCCAAGGGUUGGUAGCACAUCUUCUCCAAGAGGCUGUUAUUCUGACUUCAGCUGUCAAACUUGGAAAAGGCUGGAGGGAACUUGCUGAAAAGUUAGUACGACUCACAAAGCAACAAAUGGAGGCAUACGAAAUUCCUCACCGUGGAAAAACUGGAGAUGUUGCUGCCGAGAUGAUGUGGAAACCUGCCUAUGAUUUUCUCUAUACUUGGAGCGCUCAUUAUGGAAAUAGCUACAGAGAUGUGUUACAAGACCUUCAAUCAUCUUUGGACAGAAUGAAAAAUCCUGUGACCAAACAGUGGAGAGACUUAACUGGAGCUUUACUACUAGUAAAUUCUUUGGAGAUUUUGAGAGUAACCGCAUUCUCUACUUCUGAGGAUGUAUAGGAAUAGGGUGUAGUUUUUGGGAAAGGGAGAAUGGUAGAGAGAGGUGUGUGUGUGUGUGUGUGUGUGUGUGUGUGUGAGAGAGAGAGAAAAAAAAUUCUCAGAAAAUUACUUAUUUUCAUGUUUGAAAAACUGCUUUUUACCUGAUGAAAGUAAGCCUACCCUCCUAUCCUAGGUUGGGUUUUGUAAUCAAAUGUGUUUUUCUGUCUAUGUUUCAGAGGCAAACAUUAGGCUGCUUUGUUGUUGAGAAAGAAAAGCCUCCUCUCUCUCUUUCAAAGCUAUUUCAAUUUUUCGAAGUUAAAACAAAUGACUGCUAGAAUAAUUAUAUCACACUGAUAUCAGAAUAAACUAGAAGCUCAACAUGAGCAACUGGAGUUUUGCUGAGAGGUAAGGGGAGAGAAGGAGCAAAAUGACACUCGGUAUCCAAGCAGAGGACUCCCCUCCUUCCGGGAUGCAUGGCUGAUUUCUUAUGUUCCUGAGUGGAGUUUGCCAACAUUACUCCCUUUUCUGAUGUGAGAAACCAAGAACUAAAGAGGACACCCAAAGCCAGUGUGAUGUUUUCUGCUUGAAAAACCUGGUUCUGGUUUUAAGAUGCUCAUACCACCUAGCAAAAUACUGAAAAAAAUAAUAAUAAUUAAAAUAAACUGCAUAUGAAAGUUUAUUAAGAAAUGAUAGUGAU